AUGACCAAUUCUGAGGUGGUAAAUCACCUCGGUGCAAGCCACUGGCAUAAAGAUUCUGAAGAUUUCCCUGAGACACUGAAGUCCUUUGUCUGUGAGAUGUGUGGCAUCGUGGGCACUCGGGAAGCCUUCUUCUGCAAGACAAAGCACUUCUGCAGUGUCUCCUGCUCUAGGAGCUACUCCUCAAAUUCCAAGAAAGUAAGUAUCCUGGCCAGGCUACAAGGGAAGCCACCCAACAAGAAAGCCAAAGUUUUAUAUAAGGCAGCCUGGUCUGCCAAAAUUGGAGCCUUCCUCCACUCCCAGGGAACUGGGCAACUAGCAGACGGGACUCCCACUGGACAGGACGCUCUGGUCCUGGGCUUCGACUGGGGCAAGCUCCUGAAGGAGCACAGUUACAAAGCCGCUCCGGUCAGCCGCUUCAAUCACGUCCCCCUGUUUGACCAAUGGGAGGAUGUGGUGAAAGGUAUGAAGGUGGAGGUCCUGAACAGCGAUGCCAUCCUGCCCAGCCAGGUGUACUGGAUCGCCUCUGUCAUCCAGACUGCAGGGUACAGGGUCCUGCUGCGAUACGAAGGCUUCGAGAACUAUGCCAGCCAUGACUUCUGGUGUAACCUGGGCACCGUGGACAUCCACCCCAUCUGCUGGUGUGCCAUCGCCAGCAAGAUCCUGAUGCCUCCUCAGACCAUCCAUGCCAAAUACAUGGACUGGAGGAGCUACCUCAUGAACGCUUGGUUGGGGUCCAGGGCCAUCCCGGUGGAAUUCCAUAUCAAGGCCUCCCUCUCCCCACCGACCUAUCGCAGGACUUGA